UGAAAUUUUAAUGGCGGAUAGAUUUGAUGAGCAUUUCUUUUUAAUCGCAAAGGAGACAGGAGGAAUCGAAGGGCUGUUAAACUCGUUAUUCAGUUUUCUAUUGAGAAGGACAGAUUAUUAUUAUGAAUGUAUUGCAUGUAAAAAUCAAUUUAGGUGAUCCAGGAGAUAAGAUGGGAUUUCCACCUGGAGUGGCCUUGAAUAUGUUAGGAAACAUAUUUAAGAAAUAUUAAGAUGAACAUUAUAAAGUACAUAAAAAGAAGUCUGCCUAAGAAUAUAAGGAGAAGUUGGAUAUUUAUUAAAAGAAGUAGAAGGAAUUACAAGAGAAACAAAGAGAGUAGGAGGAAUUAAAGAAGGAGGCAUAAAAUCAGCAAUAGCAACAAAAGUAGGUUCAACAAAGUGAGAAUAAAGGUCAAUAGGAGGUGAAUGUGAAAUAAGAGCAAAAUCAAUAAAAGAAUGAGAGUUUUACUCACAAACAAAAAAUAGAUCCUUACAUUAAUACUUAUAAUGGAGGACAGACAGAUAAAUAUUCUUGGAGUUAAUCUGGUAAUGAUGUGGUAGUAACAAUGAAAGUUCCAGAAGGAUCUAACAAAAAAAAUGUAUUAUAUAUUGUUAUGAACAAUUCAUUAGGUUAAGGUGAAUAUUACAGCGAACACAUUAACAGUAAAGGUGAAGGAUAACGUGGUUGUAGAUGGAAAAUUAUAUGACAAAGUAAAAAGUGAUGAGUCAGUAUGGUCUAUAGAGGAGAAUCUAUUGACCAUCACUUUGGAAAAGGGGUAGGAGAACAUUUGGAAAACUGUUAUUCAAGGAGAUUAAGAAAUAGAUGCAACGAAGGUUGAGAAUACAAAACCAUUGGAGGAUUUUGAUUCUGAAACUCAAGGGGCAAUCAGAAAGAUAAUGUACGAUUAACAAAGGAAAUAGUAAGGGUUGCCAACAACAGAGGAGGAAUAAUAAUUAGAAAUGUUAAAGAAAGCUUGGGAUGCUGAGGGCAGUCCAUUUAAGGGUUAGCCUUUUGAUCCAAGCAAAUUCAAUCUUAGUAAUGGUUAAAUAUAGUUCUGAG